AAUGUUUCAAUCUCUCUGAAGGUCUGAGGAACACUAGAAGUUCUUUCUCCAGUUUCUGUUGGUUUAACUGUUCCAGCCCCAGACUGGUUAACUGGGCAGCUCCCAGUGUGAAGCUGGCAUUAAUGUGAUCAGACUGCAUCGUGCUGGGACCAUAAAGAAACUGAUGAUUAUUUUAACAGCUGUGCUGGAUGGAAACAAGGAUCAUCACUUCUAUAAAGAACCUGGCAGCUCACUCACAGUCAUCUGUUCCUUUGGUUCCUCUGGAAGAACAAAGUCCUUCUGCAGAGGAGGAUGUAGAGAAGAAGAGGUUCUUGUUCAGACAGAUGGAGACAGAGCUCAGAGAGGCAGAUACAGCAUUGAAUAUGAUGCAGGACCAGCCUCAGGAGCAGUUCUGUUGGUGACCGUCACACAUCUGACCCAGUCUGACUCAGGACGGUACAGAUGUAGGAUGGACAAAACCUUAUUAGCAAAUUUAUUCAGAGAUUUCAGCAUCACUGUUACAGAAGGGGUUGACCCAUGGACCUCCACACCAACAACAGCACAGAGGUUCAUCUCCAGUUCAAAUGUUCCUCUGAUUGUUGGUCUGACUCUGGCCAUCACUGCUGUCCUGUUCUCAGCAGCUCUGCUGGUUUCCUGGAGGAGAAGAUCUCUGAGAGCCUCAUCUUUAGUUCAAUCAACUGCUCCUCAUGGCACAGUAGCUGUAGUUUGUUCUACAGACAUGGAGAACAGAGGAAGUUCAUCUGGAUCAAGCAUUGAGAAAGUCACCUAUAAUAACCCUGCUGUUAAGGACCUCUCCUACCAGAACCUCAGUUCUGACACCAGAGACCAGAACCAAAUCUAUUGCACACUUACGGUGUCUCAGGAAUAAGUUUGUGAUGGAGCAGAUCUCCGG